GGUUAUUCUUGUGGUUGUUGUUAUUAUUCAUCUUCGCUCUUAGUGCAAAAAAAUGUGUUCUUUUCAGAACAAAAUUGCUGUUUGUUUGUGUACAUUCUACCGUUAUUUACAUUUGUACUCGCCACAAUGCCGAAAUAUUUGAACAGUAAAGCGAAGGAACUCCUUGCGUCUUUAAUUCAAUAUUUUGAACAGGAACGAGAUAAUGGGGGUUUCUUAUUACCAUUAGGUUCAGUUCGAGAGCGCAUUGUGGCAGCAUUACAUUUAAACAUUUCUACGGUCAGCAGAAUAUCCCAAGCUUUUAAACAAAACGAAGCUUUGAUAUCGCAGAUCUUGGUAUUUGCAUCUAAAAGUACUGGCGAUUACCACGGAGAAAUGAAUCGUGAAAACUUUUUACAUUGGUUUGAAAAACAAUUAUUAGUAAAUUUAGAAGAACCAAGUGUUAUCGUAUUGGACAAUGCUUCUUACCACAACACCUUAUUGACACAAAAUCCGAACAACUCGUGGAGAAAAGCAGAUUUUCAAGAUUGUUUACACAAUAAACUUGCACUUGCGAUUGUAACCUCAGAAAUGUGGAAAAAUUCAAUUAAUCACACCGAAAUAGUACAUUGAAAUACAAGUGCAGAAACGGUAUUAUUGAAAAACGAGUAUAAAUGUAGGAACACGAGCGCCAGCGA